AUGGCAGAAACCGCUCUAGCUGCAGCCGCCCCGCCAGCCAAAUCGCCCAAGAAGAAAUCUGCUGCCAAACCCAAGAAAACGGAUCCAAGCGUCGGUGAUCUCAUCAUCAAAACUGUGACCGCAUCCAAGGAGAGGAGCGGCGUGUCUCUCGCCACCCUGAAGAAAGCUCUCGCCACCAGUGGAUACGAUGUGGAGAAGAACAACUCCCGCGUCAAGAUCGCCGUUAGGAGUCUGGUGACUAAAGGGACUCUGGUGCAGACCAAAGGGACCGGCGCCUCCGGCUCAUUCAAGCUCAACAAGAAACAAGCCGAGAGCACGAAGAAACGUAUCGGUUACCUAACGUAA